AUGACAGACUCUCGACCCAGCCGCCAUCUACACCUCACGGCCUUUAUGCGGCCAGUGUCAUUGCACACAGGUGCCUGGCGCUAUCCGGGAUCCUACCCCGAUGCCAACUUCAACUUCAAACACAUUGCCAGUUUCGCCCAGAAGCUCGAGGCCGCCAAGUUCGACGCCUUCUUCAUGGCCGAUCACCUGGCCGUGCUGAACAUGCCCGUGGAAGCUCUCAAGCGCAGUCAUACCACGACCUCGUUCGAGCCGUUCACACUGCUCUCUGCCCUGUCCGCGGUAACUGACAAGAUCGGCCUCGCUGCGACGGCGAGUACCACAUAUGAUCUGCCGUACCAUGUCGCUCGACGGUUUGCGAGUUUAGACCAUCUGAGCGGCGGGCGAGCAGCGUGGAAUAUCGUGACGACGGGCAAUCCGGAAUCGAGCCACAAUUUCGGGUUCGAUGAGCACAUGGCCCAUGGCGAUCGAUAUAAGCGUGCCCGCGAGUUCUACGAGGUGGUGACGGGGCUGUGGGACAGUUUUGCCGAGGACGCGUUUACUCGCAACGUCGAGACGGGUGAAUAUUUUGAUCCUGCAAAGCUGCAUGUGCUGAACCAUUCUGGGGACGAGUUCAAGGUGCGAGGGCCGUUGAAUAUUGCCAGACCGCCGCAGGGAUGGCCCGUGAUCGUGCAGGCCGGGCAGAGUGAGCCCGGACGGCAGCUGGCGGCUGAGACGGCAGAAGUGGUGUUUUGCAGCCCGAAAGAUCUGGAGUCUGCAAAGGCACUGUAUGCGGACAUCAAGGGGCGGGUCGAGAAGGCGGGACGGAAGAGAGAUGCCUUGAAGAUCUUGCCUGCGGCAAUGAUUCUUGUUGGGGACACCAAGCAGGAUGCGCAGGAGAAAAGACUUAAGCUGGAUAGUCUAGUGCACUAUGAUAGUGCUAUUGCGUCUUUGUCGAUUGCACUUGGGGUGGAUGUUAGUGGCUUCGAUCCGGAUGGUCCAUUGCCGACGGAUCUGCCUGAGACCAAUGCAAGUAAGACGAUCAGAGAGAGUGUUGAGAGAUUGGCACAGCAGGAGGGAUUGACGAUCCGUCAACUUGCGCAACGGUAUGGUGGAUACUGGGGACUGGCAUUCCUCGGUUCACCGAGCGAUAUUGCUGAGGAGAUGGAGACGUGGUUGCGGGAAGAUGCCUCGGAUGGGUUUACAUGCACAUUUCCUUUCUUGCCGCAAGGCUUGGAAGAAGUCACAGACAAGUUAAUUCCAGAAUUGCAGCGGAGAGGGCUGUUUCGUCAGGAUUAUACGGGCUCGACGUUGCGUGAGCACUUUGGCCUGGCGAGGCCGGAGAAUCGCUUCUUUAGCGAGGGUUAA